UCCCCGGACUGGAGAGGUUGCGGGCGCCGCACGGAGUUUGGAGACGGGCGCCCCCUCCUCGCCCGCGUCCAGGAGUAAAGUUGCAGCCGCCCCUCCCCGCCCCGGCGAGCCGAGCCCAGCUCUCCAGUUUCGCCCUGGUGGCGGCCGCGCUCGGGGCAGGGUCCCAGCUCCGGCCGAGUGGAACGGUUCCCGCAGCCUUGGCACGGGCUCGGCCGCCCGCUCGCCAGCCCUGCGACUCGGGAGGGCGAGCGGCUUCCCGGAGGCGGCGGCGGCGCGGCUGGACCGAGCGAGCAACCGGAGGACCAGCGGGCAGCGGCCGAGCCAGGUAUUUGAUCCUGAUGACCUUCAUGCAGGGGUCAAUUUCUCCAAGGUUCUGAGCACUCUUUUAGCUGUCAACAAAGCAACAGAAGAUCAGCUCUCAGAAAGGCCAUGUGGACGUUCCUCUUCUCUUAGCGCUGCUAAUAGUUCUCAGACAAACCCACAGGGAGCAGUUUCUAGCACAGCUCCAGGGCUGCAAAGGCAGUCAAAGCCAGUGGAGAUGACGGAAAAUGGAAGUCACCAGUUGAUAGUAAAGGCAAGAUUCAACUUUAAGCAGACUAAUGAAGAUGAGCUGUCUGUCUGUAAAGGGGACAUCAUUUAUGUCACUAGAGUUGAAGAAGGAGGCUGGUGGGAAGGCACAUUAAAUGGGAGAACAGGCUGGUUCCCUAGUAAUUAUGUCCGAGAAAUUAAAUCCAGUGAGAGACCUCUCUCCCCCAAGGCUGUCAAAGGAUUUGAAACUACUCCACUUACCAAGAAUUAUUAUACUGUGGUGUUACAGAAUAUCUUGGACACUGAAAAAGAUUAUGCUAAAGAACUUCAGUCUCUUCUUGUUACUUACUUAAGACCCCUGCAGUCCAAUAACAAUCUGAGUACUGUGGAAUUUACAUCUUUAUUGGGAAACUUCGAGGAAGUAUGCACGUUUCAACAGACGCUCUGCCAAGCCUUGGAAGAAUGUUCAAAGCUUCCAGAAAACCAACACAAAGUAGGUGGUUGUCUACUGAACCUCAUGCCUCAUUUUAAAUCUGUGUAUCUGGCUUACUGUGCAAAUCAUCCUUCAGCUGUAAAUGUACUCACCCAGCACAGUGAUGAUCUGGAACGAUUUAUGGAAAAUCAAGGUGCAUCUAGCCCAGGUAUCCUCAUUUUAACAACAAGUCUCAGCAAACCUUUCAUGCGACUGGAAAAGUAUGUUACUCUCUUGCAAGAGUUGGAACGGCAUAUGGAGGAUACGCAUCCAGAUCACCAGGAUAUGCUGAAAGCAAUCAUAGCAUUCAAAACUCUCAUGGGGCAGUGCCAAGAUGUCAGAAAGAGAAAACAGCUGGAGUUGCAGAUACUUUCGGAACCUAUUCAGGCAUGGGAAGGGGAGGAUAUUAAAACCUUGGGAAAUGUGAUCUUUAUGUCGCAAGUAAUGGUGCAGCAUGGAACAUGUGAGGAAAAAGAGGAGCGGUACCUCAUGUUAUUUUCAAGUGUCUUGAUACUGUUAUCUGCAAGUCCUCGGAUGAGUGGCUUUAUCCAUCAGGGAAAAAUACCAAUAGCAGGAAUGGUGGUGACUAGAUUAGAUGAAAUUGAAGGGAAUGGCUACACAUUUGAAAUCACUGGUAACAUAGUAGAGAGAAUUGUGGUCCACUGCGGCAACAACCAGGACUUCCAGGAUUGGCUGGAGCAUCUGUACAGGCUGAUCAGAGGACCCGCCUCUUGCAGUUCAUUAUCCAAAACAUCUUCGUCAUCCUGUAGUGCUCAUUCCACAUUCUCCCAGUCUUUUAGCUCUACCGGACAGCCCCGAGGACCCUUGGAGCCUCCUCAAAUUAUAAAACCGUGGAGCUUAAGUUGUCUGCGACCUGCGCCUCCACUUAGACCAUCAGCAGCGCUAGGUUAUAAAGAGAGGAUGUCUUAUAUCUUAAAGGAAUCUGGUAAAAGCCCCAAAACGAUGAAGAAGUUUCUUCACAAAAGAAAGACCGAAAGAAAGCCCUCGGAGGAGGAAUAUGUCAUCCGCAAAAGUACGGCUGCCCUGGAAGAGGACGCUCAGAUUCUGAAAGUGAUCGAAGCCUACUGUACCAGUGCCAACUUUCAACAAGGCCACGGCUCAAGUGCUCGCAAGGAUUCCGUUCCCCAAGUCCUACUCCCCGAGGAAGAGAAACUCAUCAUCGAAGAAACCAGAAGCAACGGCCAGACCAUCAUUGAAGAAAAGAGCCUUGUCGACACUGUUUAUGCCUUGAAGGAUGAGGUCAAAGAGCUGAAACAGGAGAAUAAAAGAAUGAAGCAGUGCCUGGAAGAAGAGUUGAAAUCAAGAAGGGACCUAGAAAAGCUGGUCCGGAGGCUGUUGAAGCAAACUGAUGAGUGUAUGCGGGCCGAGUCCAGUAGCAAGACCUCCAUUCUCCCAUAACCAUCACAGUGCAGCUGGCAGAGGGUGCCUGCAGGGCAUCGGGAAAUGUCCAGCUGAGUGAUCUGACUCAGUUUGCUUGUUCACUUCUCUGUUUUUUAUUUCGUAUCUUAGUCUCUCUCUCUCUCUCUCUCUCUCUCUCUCUCUCUGUGUGUGUUUGGUUCAGUGUUUGUUGUUGUUUGGUUAUUGGUUGGUUGUUUUGUUUUUUUUUUUUUGACAGAGGUCAAAGCAAGAGGGGGUGAACGUCUCCCCAGAGCCUUUUCCAUUCAGUAAGCAAAGGGAAGCUAAUGUAGGCAAAUGACUUACAUGGUCUUCAGAUGGCUUUCAAUUCAUAGUGCCUCUCUCCCGGCCAUUAUCUCGGGUCACUGCUUUUGGGCUGGCUGCUGUCCCAAAGUGGCCGGCCAUGGCUUAGUACAUGUGAACUUGACUUUCUCCCCCAAUGCUUUCCUGUGCCUGGCAGCCCCUCAGUAGCUGAUUUACUGAAGGCAACACUUCUGGAACUCGGACAGGCGUAGGGUGAAAGGCUAACACGUUCGCCCAGCGAUCCAGCAGCCCUUCCCUGGGCCGUCCUCAAUGCACACUUUUUUUAAUGACUACCCUAUUUUGUCUAUAAGACCAAGAAACCUGUAGUGCCCUCCCUCCUUUCGUGCCGGUUUACAUUUUAACUCUGUGGGACAGAAGCUCUGGUCACCCAUGCCAACACCAAAUCCAUUAGCAAAUUGCACUGGACAGUCCUCCCCUUCAGUAGCAGAGCUGCCCAUCUCUUGCCAGUGCAUGAUAGCUUUUGUCCCUAACCUUCUGCCUGUGUGUAAGUUUUCUAUUUCCCCAGUGCUUUUAGCCAAGCAUACCAAGUGGUGUGUCAACUGGUAUGUGUGUGCUUUGCUUUUUAAAAAUACAGGCUGUGAGCACUUACUUU